GGAUAACACUCACUUGUUCUUCAUCCAUUUUUAUAUAUAUAGAAUAACACUAUUCCUCAAUCUCUCUCUUCUCUUGAUCUCUCUCUCUCAAAUGGAGGAAAACAUUGCAGCUGCUGCCUCUCAUCAAAGUGUUAAUUGGAACCAAGAGAUUUCCACUUCAAAUCUUGAAUUGAAUAAGAAAAGGAAGUUGCAGUAUGAACUAAGUUUGCCAUUGCCAAAACACAAGUUCAGAAAUAAGUCCAACAGUGUUAGCACUGAUCAUGAACUGGAAAAACAUGAAGAUAACACCAAGCAUUCAUCAACUGAAACUUUUCAUGAAGAAGAUCAAUCUCCAACUUCUUCAACUAGUUGCAACAACAACAUGUAUUCCCUGGACAGCAGAAUUUAUAUUAAGGAGCAAAAGGCAGACUCUGAAGAAGACAAAGAGUUCAAGAAUGAGAUUGAGGAGCUUAUGAUUUAUUCUAAUGAAUUCAUGGUUUCAGACACCAGUUCGGCAAGAAAACCGACAGUUGAUCAAGAGUUCGAACAAUAUUUUUCUAUGUUGAUGAUUUAACAAACUCUGUACAAUGAGA